UAUACAUACAGCGCUGUUCUCUUUGUUCCCGCGGAUGUGAUGGAGACCAUGCUGCUUCGCGAGGUUGUCCUUGAAAGACUCCAUGGGAAGCGCGCGUCCUGAUGUACUUGUCUCAGCAGUACUUUACCCAAGUGAUACUGAAGUGAAGGCAUGAGGUAGUUAGUAGUACCGAGAAGUACGAGAAGUGAGAAUGGAAAGUGACCUGGGGACGUUGGAGUUUUCUUCUUUGCCUUCGUCUGUGAAUCCGUGGGUCCCUGUUACGCCGACAUUGGAGCAGCAGCAACGACGUGUACCUGUCGAUGGGGCAAAGAGUUUUGGGAGUUCUGUGAAAACGUACAUUUCGAAGAAUCUCAACGUCAGGUCAAUAAAGAAAGGCACCACCGAUUUCUUCGGCGUUGUCGACAAGAAUUUUGAAGAUGAAGAAGAAGCUCUCAAGUCCCGUUGGCUGGAACGACGGAAAAGGUUUUCAAACAGAAAGUACGGUUUGAAGGACGACUUCACUGAUAUAAAACCAAAGCCCGGUGAAGAUGAAGUUGACUACUUUCGACGCACACACACUGGUCUUCUGAAACUGAAAACCUUAAGUACCGAGACCGAUGGGUUGGACCAGGUGGACAGCGAACCCAUGCCCAGACAUGCUCCUAGUGGCAGGAAAGAACCCGUUUCCAAGCUAACCAUGCAAGGACUGGCGCUUAUUGCGCAU